UCUCUUUCGCAUUUAGCUCUCGCAAUAGUUUUGCUUCUUCUCACGAGGCACGCAUAGCCAUUUAUGCGCAACCAUUUUUCUGUGUCCCUAUCUCCUCUAACAAGAAUCUCCUUCUCUCAUCACUCUAAAAGAUCAAAGAUGUGUGGAGGUUCUAUCAUCUCAGACUUCGCUGGGGUCAAGCGUGGCCGGAAAUUGGUCUCUCAGGACUCAUGGUAUGAUGAGCUGGACCCUUUCUUCGACUUCCUUGGUUUUGACACGGCCGUAGCUGCCGCUACCAACCCCAACAACAAGGUUCAGUCACCACUUCCCGAGAUCCCAGGAGAUAACAACAACAAAGUGGCAGCAUGUGACGAGGUACUAGGAAUGGAAAAAAUGGCGGUUGGUGGUGCAGAAGAUAAGAAGCAGCCCGAGAGGAAACUUAAGAACGUGUACAGGGGAAUCAGGCGCAGGCCCUGGGGAAAGUGGGCCGCGGAGAUAAGGGACCCACGCAAAGGGGCCCGUGUCUGGCUCGGCACUUUCAACACUGCCGAGGAGGCUGCUAGGGCCUACGACGUCGCUGCUAUACACAUCCGAGGAAACAAAGCCAAGCUCAAUUUUCCGAAUACUAUCAAGGACACGGGCGUCGAAGUCCUUCCAUUGGCUAAGAAACAAUGCCUUAGCGAUGAGACCCAAUUUCCCAUGUUAACACCUAUCUCUGCCACGUUUGACAGUGAUGAUGGAAGCAUGGAGGGAUGGGAAUCCAACCUGACACAGCAGAUGUCGGGUCUUGAAUGGCUCCUUGGAUUGGAGAAUGAACAACCAUCCCAAAUGGGGGGUGAUGUCUUUUCGAACAACAUUAACAACAACAAUGAUAGCACCAAAAACGAUAACAACAUGGACCUGUGGAUGCUAGCUGACGUGGUUAUGCCCAACCGUUAUGCCCAAACAUUUUGCGGACAAUAAUCGUCACUUGGAAAAUACAACACCAAACUUGACCAA